CUCAAAGAUAGCGCCAACAGGGAAACGAAAGAUACCGUUGCCCCACCACCUACAACAAACAAAAYAAAUUGCAAACACAACAACACCAUGAAAUUCUCCAGUACCGCACUCUCCGUCGUCCUGCUCCUGGGCGCCGGCUGCGACGCCUUUUCCCCCCUUGCCAACGCGAACACGAACACAGGAGCAAAAGCGUCCGCCACCGCUCUGCAGGCGGCCGCCCAGGGCUCCAUGAGCCAAAAGAAGGGAGACCGGCUCGAGUUCAUGAAGAAUCCCCAGUACCACCGCAGAGGCUUCAAGGACGUCCGCGAAAAGGUCGAAGAAACCAUGGAGGAGCAAUACAAGUCCGAUCUGGUCGAGGAUCUCAAAUCGAACAACUUUCUGAUGGAAAAGGAGGGCGUCAAGAUGUACCUGGCCAAGGACUUUGGCUUUUGCUGGGGCGUCGAGCGUUCCAUCGCCCUGGCCUACGAGGCCGUGGAACACUACCCCGACAAGAAGCUCCACAUCACCAACGAGCUCAUCCACAACCCCGAGGUCAACGACUCUCUCACGUCGAUGAACGUUAACCUCAUCGACAAGGAAUCCACCACGGGCUCGAAGGAUUUCUCCCCCGUCGAGGAGGGGGACGUUGUCAUCCUUCCGGCCUUUGGCGCAUCGUACGAAGAGAUGGAGAUGCUGGACAAGAAGGUGCGUGCGUGCGUGCUUGUCUUUUUAUUCUUUUUUUCGCCGUGCUCUUUUGUUUUGAUUGGUGUCGUGUGGUGUGCACCGCCAUGUUAUGCGAUGCGAUGCGAUGCCAUCCUACACGAUGUUGCUAUUUGGAACGAAUCGAAAGACACGCAACACGGCGCUUGCCAGCUGUCCGGUCGAUCGAUCCUGAUGUUACAACACGACUCACAAAUAGU